AUGCAGCAAAAUCUACAAUAUUCAUAUAGUUCGGAUCCCCGAUCGGGUGGUAAUCAAAACCAGCAGCUCCAUGGAAUAUCAUUUCAACAGAAUUCGUAUCAGCCGACGUCGUACUCGAAUUCGAACAGCAACACAUUCCAUUCAUCGUCAUCCGCUGCUUUCAUACCAAAUACAGUGACGCAGGCACCCCAACAUCGGAGGGGAGAAGAGAAGAAUCUGGUGAAUAUGCUCGAUGCAUAUUUUAUAGAUAGUACGACACCGUCCACGUCAUCUUCUUGGAAUAAUCAGCAGCCCGUACAGAUGUCGUCAAUACAGCAGUCCGUGAGCACGUACAACCAGCAGAUACCGCCGCUGAAGGAUGUGGACCUGCGAGAUGACAGUAUGAGUAUGAAAAUGGGCGGAUCACCCGAUAAAAGUGAAAAAGAUCGUGUAAAGAAAGCGCGUCAGGCAGAGGCAGCCCGUAUGCGUUACCAUCGUCUAUCAAAUGAGGAGAAGCGAGAACUUAAUCUGAAAAGAACGCUAGCACAGAAGCGAAAACGACAACGUGAGAAAGAGAUGGAGGAAUUGGAGUCAAUCCUUCGUGAGACCAACGACAUUCAAGAGGAUCCGGAUAUCACGGAGCAGUUGAGAGAGAAACGGAUGCGUGCCAAGUGGGCUGAGGCGGCACGUACACGUUACGCUAGAAUGACGCCGGAGGAGAGAAGAGCUCAUAAUACAAGACGACGAAUGCGUCAAAUGCAGAAUGCAAUGAGCGCGAUUAAGGCGUGCGGAAUGGCAACUGGUGAUCCACAGAAGGAUGAUGAGGCUGUCCGCCAACACAUCAAGAACCAAAAUGCGAAGAAAGCGGAAGCGGCACGCCAGCGUUACCACCGAAUGAAUGAUGACGAGAAGCGCGUCUACAACCAACGACGUACCGAAGCAUUCAGAAGACGUCGCAUGGAAGAGGAGAUGCUUCUCGCGAUGCCAAUCGGAAGAAUCAACGGAGAAGCUCUCGAUCGUGCUCAACAGAUAGUCGUGCGUAACGCGAAGAGAGCGGAAGCCGCACGUCUUCGCUAUCAACGAAUGACUCCGGACCAGCGAAAGAUCGCGAAACAAGAACCCAAAGAUGAGUCUUGGCCCUCACAUGAAUCAGACACCCACGACCAUGAUCUCGGAGACUCCUACAACCAAAAGCGCUACACACCAAAGCGUCGUCGCAACGAGAUCGACGAUAUGAUGGCUGCCGGACAAAUGGCUGUUGGGUCCUCUGGAACCAUUGCUAUGGGCACCGGAACUCCAUCAAAGAAGGACGAUAUGGAUGCUCUCUCCACGUUGGAACGUGACGUCGUCAAGCGCACACAACACGCUCAACAGAUUCUUCUGAGACAACGCGCCAACCAGGCGUCGACUCCACGAUCCGAUACUCCACCACCACAACAGGCGUACAUCGUUAACAGCAACGGCCAGCCACAGCAUCAGCAGCUGGUCAGCAAUAAUGGACAUCAACAGAUCUUGCACGGUGGACACAUGCAACAACAGCAGCAAAUUCAGCAAUCCUCUCAAUCGAUUCCUCCAAACAUCUACACAUCCGGUAUGCUGAUUCAAAAUCAAGGCCAACAGGGACAAUCCCAGCAACAACAACAACAGAAUCAACAGAUUCUAAACAAUCCAUACAGAAAUUAA